AUGUACGGGAAGUUGCUGGCAGUUUUUUUUCUUAAGAUCAGUCGUGAUGGUGUUUUGAUUAAUUUCAUGAGAAUGUCAGGUCUGUGGAUUCUAUGUGGAGGUGUGGCAGGAAUUACAGCAAUAAUUCUCAUUGCAACAUGGACCUUAUGCAGAAAAAGGACUCAGGAGAGUAUUUUAGCUCGAAAAGAUGCAUCAAAUGAUUUACUGUCUGAAGAAUCCGUCAGCCUUAAGAUAUCAAGCAAGGAAAUCUAUUCGGCGACCGACAAUCUAAGCGCAGUCAACUUCAUUGGGCAAGGCGGAGCUGGAAAGGUAUAUAAAGGCAUACUAUCAAAUGGGAAACAUGUUGCAGUGAAGCACAUAAUCAACGAUGGAUCUGUUGAGACAUUCAUCCGCGAAGUCACGAGCCUUUCCGAUGUUAGACAUCCAAACCUUGUAGCUUUGCUUGGCUCUUGUGAGGAUGUAGAAGAAUAUUUCCUGGUCUAUGAACUGUGUCAAAAUGGGAACCUUUCGGAGUGGCUAUUUGGUAAAGAUAAAAAUCUGCCAUGGAGAACGAGACUCGAGCUUGCAAUUGACAGUGCUAGGGGCCUUUGGUUUCUGCACACUUAUCCGGGAGGCUGCAUUGUUCACCGUGAUAUCAAGCCAACAAACAUUCUCAUUGACGAAAACUUUCAAGCAAAACUGUCAGACUUCGGGUUAUCUAAAGUUAUGGACUUGGGACAGUCUUGUGUGAGCUCAGAAGUGAGAGGGACAUUCGGUUAUGUUGAUCCUGAGUACCGAAAGAAUCACCGCGUAAAUGCUUCAGGAGAUGUCUACAGUUUUGGAAUAGUUCUUCUGCAACUUAUCUCAGGGCGCAGGGUUAUCAAUCUAAACUCAAACAAACCAAUGCCUCUUAGUAAAAUGGCAAGGGCUCUCACAAAAGGCGGUGAUGUAACAGAAUUCGCAGAUCCCAAACUUAACGGGGAGUAUUCGGUAGAAGCUUUUGACCUUGUGUUCAACCUAGCUUUGUCGUGCACAGGACUAAAGCUGCAGAGGCCAAGCAUGGAGCAAGUGGUAUCAAAACUUGAAAGGGCACUUGAUACCUCAACCCGAAAACAGUCAGCUUCUUCUACCCUACCAAUCAAGGCUGGAAAUCGGAGAAACUCGAGCAGAUAGUUUUGUAAAUUGAAACAAUCAUGAAUGAUUUUAAAUGGAAAAAGAAUUACAAUACAUUGCAAUAUAACAAUGAUUUUGUACAAAAGCUUCAUUGAAAAAAAUAGAAGAAGCUGAGGUCGCUCUAUUCUCUAGUUCCCUCCAAGCAUUAGCAGCAGGGAAGAGCUCGUAAAGUUUACUCGUUGUACUUUUUUUUUUAGUCCUUAAUAUGAAGAAUCUGUAUUGAUAGUACAGGUAGAGCAAUAAGAUUUCAAUUAAAUGUGCCUAAUUUUUUCAUUUACACGCUUUUGGGAUCUAUGUAUUAAUCGACGAUGCAAUCAUUGGCAGAAUAUUUAACUGUAAAUUUACUUCAUUAGAC